AUGGGCGGCAUAGGCGGCAGCUUCUACCUCAACAUGCUGAAUGGAAGCGACGCGCAAAGUUUGGCCAAAGACGCAGAAGCGAGCGGUCACCUUCACCGGACCAAGGAGCUAAGCGACUUUAAAAUGGGCGUCCAAGACGCGAGACUUUACUACCCCCCGAACUCGGUUGCGAACGGACAGGACAACUUUUCCCUGCAGUACCACGGUGAGCAAAGCGCUGCUGGAUUCGGAGCGCAGGCUGGACGCUUGUACUCCGCGGCGGCUCCGCUCUCUAACUGUGGGUUCAGUAGGAGCGGCUCGGCUCAGGUUUACCCGGUAAGUGAGGGAUAUUCGGAGGGUAAAGAGGUGUACACGGGUACUGCGGACUCCUACCACGCGCAUUUCCAACACGGCUACCCGCGCGCACCCCGCUAUCCCUUACCUGGUGUACAGGUGUGCGGCAGGACCCAGGUCCUCCUGAACAACUACGCGCUGUGGGCCAAGUUCCAUAAGUACCAAACCGAGAUGAUCAUCACCAAACAGGGCAGGAGGAUGUUCCCAUUUCUCAGCUUUAAUAUAAGUGCUCUCGACCCAUCCGCUCAUUACAAUGUGUAUGUGGAUGUGGUUCUUGCUGACCAACACCACUGGAGGUACCAGGGAGGCAAGUGGGUGCAGUGUGGGAAAGCAGAAGGCAACAUGCCAGGAAACAGGGUUUAUAUGCAUCCUGAUUCUCCUAACACUGGGAGUCACUGGAUGAGGCAAGAGGUCUCAUUUGGCAAACUCAAACUCACCAACAACAAGGGCAGCUCCAACAACACAGCACAGAUGAUAGUUUUGCAGUCUCUCCACAAGUACCAGCCACGCCUGCAUAUCAUGGAGGUGAAGGAAGAUGGAACAGAAGAUUCCUUCCCUAGUUCUAAGGCACAAACAUUCAUCUUCCCCGAGACCCAGUUCAUUGCAGUUACAGCCUACCAGAAUGCAGAUAUCACUCAGCUGAAAAUAGACCACAACCCGUUUGCCAAAGGUUUCAGGGACAAUUAUGAGACGUUAUAUGCACUGCCUGAUUCAGAACGUAUCACCCCCUCCCCAACAGAGGGCCAGCAGCUCAUGGCAGCUAGCUGCUAUCCACGCCAACCUUACCUCUCUGAGCAGUACAUGAGUCCAAUGCAGCACAGUCGCUUCUACAGCUGCGAACCUGUCAGCAUGGCACAGCCGUGUCUUAAAGACCCAAAUGGCGGCCCCCAUGGGCGCUGGUACCUUCCCAGCCAGCAGGGGACCCCCUCCAAUCUUCUGGACUUUAGCUCUUAUGAAGCUGACUACUCAGCCAACGGCCUAUACAAGCACUUCCCUCUGCAGUCGUCUCCGCACCAUCCACUGAGCUAUUACCCUGAGAACCCAUUUACCUCUGGUCCUAUGUCUAGUGCCAGCCCUGGCACAUGGAGCACAGGUAGGCCUUCACCACAGUACCUCAAUCAUGCCCACCCCGGGAAACCCACAUCAAGCCUGAGCUGGUUUCGGCCCAUGUCCUCCCCUUCUGUGUCCUCCUCUCCUCCAGCAGUAAAUUCCCACCUGCACCCUUCUCCAUCACCUCUAGAGUCACUGAGGCUGCAGUUACUACAGGACAAGCCAAAAGAGGUAGUGGAGGACCUGUGGAUGGAGACGCCCUCUGUCAAAUCAGUGGACUCAGCUGACUCUGGCCUGUAUGAUGCAGCAGAAAGCAAGAAGAAACGAGUGUCACCGUACACCUCUAGUACUGAGAACUCCCCUUCUAUCCGUAGCAGCGAAUCCUGUGAGAAGGACAACAGCAGUGACGCUGGUUAUUACGGCUUCUACCACCAUUGA